CAAGUAUGUUGACGCUGGAAGGGAGCUGAGAGUAGUGAGUGGCAGUAUCAUCUGAAAGGGGCUGCCCUAAUUAAGGUUGAACACUGCUUUUAGACAGGUCACAGACCAAUCCCCUGGUGAAACAGAUCCCUUCCACCAUCCCUGUAUAAACAGUAACCUAUGUAUUCACCUAGAAGGAACUAUCUAAACUACUUCAUCUCUCUGGUCAUCUGGAUGACAUUUGCCUUGGUCAUAGGAAAAGGUUAUUAAGCUGUAUCAUUUUGCCAGUGAUCAGUGGCUGUGUAUGACACUGAUUAUAACUCUUCCUUGGAGUGUCCUAGCAAGUGGCUUUGGAACGGUGCCUAGAUUCGGAAAAUGUGAUGUGCUCUUGCUCCUAUUUGUAGGCCUGCUAUAAAUAGGGCCCUUCUGGCACCACAUGCUCAGCCAUGAUUGACAAAUGCAGAGCAUUGGUCCAGUGAAAGCAGCCUCUAAACAACUAGAAAAAACACACAAAUGCUCCAGACUCAGUAGAGUGGAGUAUUUUUACUAGGAGUUUGGGUAGCAGAGACUGUUUUAUUCCAAAGCACCAGAGUUAUUCUACAGCAAGCCACCAUUUUCAUUUGGAUUAUAUAAACCAGAGUAUUUUCUGGACAAUGACAUCACGGAGGCCAAUGACCCAUUCAUAUUCAGGCAAUGGGAGAUAUGGCAGUCAAAACGGGGACGAUGUCCUGUCACCACGUUUAGAUAGCCGCAACUACCUCUCCAGUGUCCGGCCUGAAAACAGGAGUACAUUUUGUACUGUCAUGUCUCAGCUGACAGAAGAGACUCAGCCAUGUUUUGAGACUACCAUCAAGUCCAAGGCAGUAUCAGAGGCCUGCAAUGUGAAAUUCACCUGUGUGGUCACAGGCUACCCAGUUCCUGAGCUGACUUGGUAUAAAGAUGACAUGGAAUUAGACAGAUAUUGUGGUCUUCCCAAGUAUGAAAUUUUUCGCAAUGGAAAAAUCCAUACGCUCCAUAUCUACAACUGCACAGUGGAUGAUGCAGCCAUCUAUCAGGCAUCAGCCAGGAACAGCAAGGGUAUUGUCUCUUGUUCUGGGGUAUUAGAGGUGGGCACCAUGAGUGAAUACAAAAUCCACCAGAGGUUCUUUGCCAAGCUCAAGCAGAAGGCUGAACUAAAACGAAGAGAGUUAGAACACAGUUACUGCCAAGAGAAGGAGAACAUUCUACAGGAACAUCUGAGCAGCAGCCAGAACACUGUUAGGCGGACUGAUGGUCUAGUGCACAACUCAUCAUCUGUCCAGUUUGGAGAGUACAAUGAUGCAAAAGAGGGGGAAAUAACUGAGGACCAGCCAGAAGCUCUUAAUGAGGAGAUGAAUAGGCUUUCAGUAAAAGUCCACAGAUCUGAUAGAAGUCAAGAAAAUGACAGUCAGCAUAUGAGCUCAAAUGUAGGUCAAAAUAAUGGUAAUCAACAGCUUAUCUACGGUUCGGAGAAGGGAGAAAUUGGUGACACCACCCCAUCCACCAAAGAGAAAGUAACCAGAACUAAUAUCUCGAUCUCCAAUGGAUUUGAUGAGACUUUUACCACUCAGUCUAACCAAGGUACAGGAGAAGGGAAGGAUACACAUGAGGGAAUGAGCCUGGCAAAGAUCUUGGUAGAGUCCUUGCAAUUAAAAUUUGGUGAAGAACAUCAAAAGACUACACUUCAGUCACAUGAGAUUACAAGCACUAAAGCCAGCACCAUUCAAGAAAGGGAAAGAGAGAAGGAGGUGGACACAGAGGAGGAAAAGAUGAAAGCUGAAGGAAGGCAUCAGGAGUGGGAGAGUUGCUGGGAAGGAGAACACGAAAGGUCAUUGGAAAAAGAACAAGAAAAUAUUAGACAGCUUGAGCAUGAACACAGAACUGCAACUGCUUCUGAAGCAAAGACGCCGGUAUACAAAGAACCAGAGUACCAGCAAAAGUCUGCACUCAGCUCAAUGUUUCAUUCCCUAAAGGACAUAUUCUUUGGCAAGAGUAAAAAAUCACCUGAGAUCACAGACUCCUCUAAGAAAGUCAGUGACAUAAAUGUCAAAAAAGAAAUCCUGGCUGUUAAUACAGAAGCACAUAGUCAUCUCCCACAAACGCAGCCACAAAGAUAUGACACAACAUCAGAUGUCUGUGGUACCAUGCCAGAUCAGCUUGUGCCUGUGGCAAUAGAUCAGCAAAAUCAAACUGGAACCCUUUAUGUAAAUACACACUUUUUCCAGGAAACACCCUCAUUACAUAUUAAGACUGAGAUGGAGAGUUUGAAUUUGGAUAAUCACAUUCAUGGGUUUACUACAAAUUACAUCAAAGAUAUCUCCCAAGCGUCUAAGAUACUUUAUGAGAGUGUAGAAGAAGAAAAGGAAGCUGGUCCAGAAGCACUUCAAAAGAACACCUUGUUGACAAUUCAUGAGGCUUCAGAUGACCACACAGAGCCCAACAAUGAUGACCACAUGGUUCAGGUGAGUCAUGAGAAUGCUGGGCAGGAAUGCACUGCUGUCACUGAUCAAAGGAUUCAAGAUGGUGGGGAAAUUAAAGCUGUGAAGGAACAAGAUGAUACUGCAGACUUCAGAGUGAUGUCAAAAGCCUCAAUGCCACAGCCAAACAGGACAGACUUGGAAAGCUGCAAGAGCUCUCCUGAGGCUCAAAUUUCAAUGCCAGUCAGCCCAGCAACUCUCCUGGUGCCCAAAAAGUGUGUGCACAAUGAUGGUAUUAGGGUGGAUGAGAGAAUAGCAGAAAGUAACCUCAAUAAAGAAAGUGAAGACAAGAUGGAUGUGGCAAUAGCAGAAUCAACAGAUUUCACAAAGUUGUCUGGGACAGACACUGUUGAUAUUACAGAAAGAUUAAUUCUUCACACAUAUGAGAAGGGACAACAAUGCAAUGCCAUUUCUCAAGAAAAAUCAACCCCAGUACUUGACAUGUGUCAUGGGGAAUCUUAUAUAAUGGAGAGUAACAUUAUACAAAAUUCUGUUCUGGUUCUUAACAGUUUUAUGGAAGAUGUGCAAGGGUUUGCAGCAGGGUCUGUUAUACAUGAUACUAGUAAGGUGGAAACUGUAAGUAGCGCUGGAAAUAAGGAUAAUAACAUUGAAACAAAGAAGGUUGAUAGGAUUGAAAAAAUGAAGGAGAAGCAAGAUGAAAGUACAGAGAAAAAGAUGGGUAAUGAAAGUGAGCAGAUAGGUGAUAGCAAAGGAGAAAGCACAAAUUUUAUCUCUGAGCAAGGUACAGGAAUUUCUAAAUAUAAAAAGCAACCAGAACUAGAGGGACUAGAGGCUCAUUUAAGUUUAAAGGUAGGAGAAACAACAAAGAUAUAUACAAAACUACAACCAGAAAGGCACACAGUUGAGUCUAGAGACCAAUCAGUUGUCUCUCCAAUCAUAAUUCUUCCUGACACACGGGAAACAGUUAUCAAAAAUGUAGCAAAGAUGAGAGCUAUGCCAUUUACCCCAGAAAUCAAGGUUACAGUCCCAGAAAAAGUCAAACAUGAGGAGCCUUUCACUGUCCCUAGAAUAGAUGUUCUGUUAUCAGAACCUGAGAGAGUUAUCCAUCCACUGGUUCACGAUGUUGCACUUAUGCAUAGAGAUAAUGAACCUUCUUCUGAGGAGCCAAUGGGCGUUGCCUCAAGAACUCCAAAGCAAAAUACCAGAGAUGACAGAGUGGUGAUAAUUGCAGAGCCUGUAGAUGUUACACCUCCUCAGCAUAAAAAGAAUGUUGAAUGGGUUCCAUUAGACCAGAGAACCGAAGAAGUUAAAACAGAAAAUUUAGAGGUUCAAAUGGGUGAUAGAGAAGAACCAUCCAGAGUCAGUAGUGGUUGGAGUAGAGGAAAUGACAGCAAUAGUAUUCCUAUAAUCAGCAUAGUAGCAUGUGCCGAUGAGAUGACACCCUUCCAAGAGCAGGAGAAAGAAUAUGGAAAACCUGUCUUUCAUAAUACAGUUCAACCAGACAGUGCAGAUCUUAAAAUGAAAGCCUAUUCAUCUUCAUUUUUCACCACAACACAUGUAGAAAGCAGUAUAGAAAACAGUAUAAAAAAGGAAACAGUACCAGAGUCUUUGACUGUCAUACUUGGGGAGGUGGGGGGUCAGUUUGACAGUGGAGCCAGUCCCACAAAUCAAGUAGUUGAGAAGGCUACAUUGCAAAAAGAAGGAACUGAGAGAAGGAACUUGGUGGAGACUCAACUGAGCUCUGAUGUCUCCUCAGCAUUAUCACCAAAAGCAUUUCAAAAUACCACUGUCUGUGACACUGAGGUCUGUCCAGACAAAGAAUCAAAAGUGGAACCUGAUGCUGACAGGUUCCAAAGGGAAAAACCUGCUAUGGAAAAACUUGGCCUAACAACCCCUGUUGGACCAACACUUCCCCCGCUCAGCCCAGCCAGUUUGCGUAGGCUUAUGGCAAAGAAUAACCCUAACUUGGAAAGCCAAGGUUCUACUGUCACCAUAUUAGGGGAUGGAAGUGAGAAGAAAGGAGAAGAUAGUGGAGGCAGCACACCCACAUCCACUCUAUCUUGUGAGAGCAGCCCCAAGAUGAAACGGCGAGACAGCCUGACUCUUAUCCCUUCUGCUACCCCAGAGGAGCUGGCAUCUGGGGCUCGCAGAAAAAUCUACCUUGCCAAAACAAAGUCUGAAGACGAAAGCUCAGACACACAAUGCAAGAGAGACAGCCCAUACAUGUCACCAAGUCAGGCACGCAGGGCUGCUUUUUUGCAACUUCAGAGUGGGCAACAAGCACAGCACAUGGAAAAACGUUCACCUUUGUUAAGUCGCCGUAAAACCAUGGUGGAGGUGCACAAAUCUAAGGAGGAGCCUUCAGAGGAGACUAACAUGUCAAACAUAGAGCGCAAACCAGCAGAAAAAGAAAAGCCAGACCCCUACAAAGUAUUUCCUCUCCCUUCAGCUCCUCAGGUAAUCCGCAAGAUCAGGGGAGAACCCUUCUCAGAUGCCUUGGGCCACUUGAAGCUGUGGUGUCAAUUCUUUAAUGUGCUCAGUGACUCCACAAUCAAGUGGCUCAAAGAUGAUGUACAAAUUGCAGAAAUAAAAAGAAGUGCAGGAGAUGAGAGUCAAGUGGCACUGGCCAUUGUUCAGGCAUCCAACAGAGACUGUGGAGUAUAUGGCUGCACUAUCAAGAAUGAAUAUGGCACUGACACAACUGACUACUUACUCAGCUCAGACAUACUGGCUGAGUUCUUCUUACGUGAUGAUUCAGAAGUGGGAGAGGAGAUUGAGAUGACACCCUUGCUGUUCACCAAAGGCCUGGUGGACCCUGGCUACUGGGGUAAUAAGUUCUUUGGUCGCAUUAUGACAGAGGAGCUACAAAUUGGGGAAGGAUGUGCACACAAAUACAGCAGAGCCAAGGUCAUCUAUGGUCUGGAUCCUAUCUUUGAGUCAGGAAGCACCUGCAUUGUCAAAGUGAGAAACCACAUUGUGUUUGGGACCAAAGAAGAAAACUGCUUGGCUGAGAUAAAUUUAGAGAUCACCAAACAGGAAUGUAAAAUCCAUAACACAGUCCGGGAAUACUGCAAAAUCUUUGCUGCUGAGGCAAGAGUGAUCGAAAAAUUUGGUUUUGCAUUAGAAGUGAUUCCAUUAUAUUUGAUCUACCGGCCUGCCAACACCAUCCCAUAUGCAACAAUGGAGGCUGAUUUAAAGAGGGAAUAUUUGAAAUACUGCACACUGGACAACACCGGAAGACUGAUCACUCGAACCACAUCUGAAGUGGAGCAAAAAUGUUGUACAUUUCAGCACUGGAUCUACCAGUGGACAAAUGGAAAUCUGCUGGUCACACAGCUAGAAGGUGUAGAUACAAAGAUCACAAAUGUUAAGAUUGCCACCAAGUCCAAGGGCUAUCAGAGUCUCACAGAUGAAGGCUCCCCGAAGAUAUUGGAACAAUUUGUCAUCCAACAUCAGUGCAACUACUACUGUGGGUUGCUUGGCCUGAGGACCCUGAUGACUAUUGAUUCUUCGCAGCAAUCAAAGAUAAAGACAUCCAGGAGUCCUAUGCUAGCUCGUAGGGUGGGUCUCGCUGAUUCAUCCAGCCCACAGCUUCUGAAGAAAGGCUCAAGCAGCCCUCAAACAGCCAAGAAUGUAAACUCUAGUCCCAAGGUAGCCAGAAAGACUGAUGAAGAUGGGGAGAACAACAGUGCUACCAAACAUAAAACCAUGGAGGUCCCCAAAUCUGUCAGAAUGAGUUUGUAAUUCUUCCAGACUGAUGACCAAUGUGAUCUUCCUCAGAGCCACUGCACCGCUCUGUUCAUACACAGUGGGAGGACCCAACACGAACUGAUCAUGACUACACAAAGAUGGGCAAAGAAAAAGAUGUGAAGGACCAGAUGACACAGUGUAGUGAGUUUGGCUCCUUCGUGCUGCAAAGUGAUGAGGAUUCUUUGCUCUACACUGGUCUUCCAAAUGAAACAUUUAACACCCUAGUUUCAACACGCUCCAGCUUUGCUUGCAGUGCUUUCACAAUGCCAGUACAAGACCAAAUACUGAUGGCAUUAAUAAAAUUGAGAUUAAACCAUGUGACAGCUGAUCUAUGUAGAUAGUUCUGUGUAUCAGUAAGCAUGUCUAGUAAGAUCAUCUCUCCUAUUGGAUUGACAAGAUGGAGGAAGUCCUAAGACCACUUAUUCCUUGGGUUCCAAAAGAAACUAUUUUUGCAACCAUGCCAGCAUUGUUUAAACAUUUUUUUUUUCAAAUACAUGCAUUACAGACUGCAGUGAGAGCCUGUUGCCAAAACCCAGAAACUUGGAUUCUAGAGGAGAGACAUUCAGCCACUACUACUAACACAACACAAACAAGUAUCUUGUUUCUGUUGCCCCAUGCAGAUUAAUCAUGUUCAUCUCAGCAGCAUAUGGUGGGCACUGCAGUGUUAAAUUCAUUACCAUGAAUUCAGGAAUACUGUAGUACUUAAUGCCUGGAGAUGAGGUUAUGGCAGACAGAGGUUUUACAGUUAGAGAUGUAUUGUUUGAAAGAAAAGUCAAGUUAGUAGUUCCUUCUUUUCCAAGAAAGGUUUGCAAAUAUCAGAGGAAGAAGUAACCGCCACUGGAAGAAUUAUGACACUUCGAAUUCAUGUAGAAAGACCCAUCAGAUGUCUAAAAGUGUACAACAUAUUGUGUCCCAGGUUGUGCCAAUUAACAUGGCUCCAAAAAUAGCAUUUGCAAAUUUGUGAAAUGGCCUCAUUCAUGAUUCUGAUCAAUUUGAUUAGCAAACAAUGCACACCUACAAAAGCAACAGGCUUAAAGCUGAUUCAGUGAGAUUCAGUUGUAAAGCGAAGAGGAACUGAAACUGAUAUAUCAAUAGAUUUAAUGAAUAAACGCAAUAUUUUUUAUUUUGCAAUAUUGAACAGUAUGAGUUUGAACUGUAUUUUAGAUUAAUGUAAAUAUAUGUAGGGGUUUUAAACAUUCAUAUGACUAAUUUUCAAGUUUUGUAUGAUAACUUUUAAAAAAGUGUGAUAAAUAUGAAACCUUGUAUGGAAACCUAAAUAUUGCAUGUUAGUAUAUGUUUAAAAUAUUCACAUUUCAUGUCAGUAUGUAAAGUAAACUGUAAUAAAUUUAUAACUAUAUCACACUGCAGUAGAACUUAUUACUGUUUUAUAGCACACGGACUGAAAGAGAUACUUU